UUGAGGGUAAAGCAAAAAGGUCACUGAUUGGCUCUCCUGCUGUUGCUAUGGAAGUUGAGGCCGUUUCUCUUAUUGGACAGUGGAUAAAGCAGGUUCACUUCCUGGCUGUUUGUCAGCCUACCCACAUAGGCAGGAAGCAGGGGGCAUCAGUGGGGUAACAACUUUGUAAGGGAAAUAUUCUAGGAUAUUUGCUUUGCUGCAUGUUUUUAUCCGCUGCACUAGAGAACGGCCCAACGCCGACUGUUCACAGACACACACACACACACACACACACGGCAGGCUCACCAUGUAAUGUCUAUUACUAGAAGAUUAUUAAGAUUAUUAUUAUUGUGACGUGCUUGAAUGAAAAUGAGAUGAGAUAGAGAGAAACAGAGAGAUGCAUUGUGUUCGUCUGUGAUUUCCCUGAUGUAGUGACCAGUGCUGGUGUGUACUGGCCAAUUCAUUAGGGAGAUUAGUUUUUGUCCUCAGUUCAGUUCAGGGGGUUCACCAGGGCGCUGACUCAACAUUCAGGAUGACCCUGAGUUACAGUGGCUGUUAUUUAGAUGUUGGUUGUAUUUUGGACUAUAUGCCAAAGUGGUCAUAUAGUCAAUCAUUGAACUUAUUCAUUAUUGAUUAUGCUCUUGUACCACGUUAUGGUACAAGAUGCAAAGUUUUAGACAAUCCCAUGGUUUCACUGGUGUUGUUCUUCAGAAUAUUAUUUUUAUUUUGGUUAAUCUACAAUCUUAAUAGGGAUAGAAAGACUGCAAAUAAAUAUACAGUAUAGUAUAUAUACUGACAUAACUGCUUUACUACUAAGUUUGUAACUAUAUAAAUAUUUGAUUUAUGUGAUUUGUCCAGUAGGAUCCUAACCACAUUUUGUCACUCAGAUUCAUAAACCAGAAGUGAUAGUUUAGCUUAAAACUGAUGUUUAAAAGUAACUAAAAUUAAAGUUACUCUCCGUCAAAUGAGCCAACGUGAUCCCAGAUUUCCAAAGAUGGGCCUCUGUCAAAUGUAGGUCCUCAUGAUCUGGAGCCAUUAAGUAAUGACACACUGUAAAACAAGAAAAUGUACUUUUUCUGUGAAUGCUGCAUUACGCUUUUUAAAUGAAAAGUAUGUUUUUUUUGUCGCAGACGAUAGGAGGUGGAGUCACCAGUGGCUCAGAGCAGCAUCUGUACGGUCUUUUUUAAACCACCUUCCCUGCAGGAAAGUGAGAGUGACGGGACAUACAGGCUGCAUUCUGAGCAGAAUCAACCGCCUGAACAACACAGACAUUGUUGUUAUCGCCUCUGUGAGGAUGGGAGUAAAGUAGGGGAAAGGACAGAGGGCAGGAUCAGCUGCAGGGAGAGUCUCAUCUAACACGUGACCCAGAAAUGCUGUACUGAGUUCACCUCCGAAAAAAGGUCAUUAAAACAGCCGACAGGAGACGAGGGGUAGGAAUGAAGUGAUAGAAUGAUGUACACUCUAGAUGGUUCUAUAAUGAAUUCAGAAAUACCACGGGGUCCACUGGCCCUCAUGUGAUGAUGAUGAGAGAAUCAAAUGUACUGUAAAUGCAAGGAACUUUAAAACAGUGAAACACAAUGCUGUUGUCAAAGUAGCAGAUGAGUUGGCUGGAUCCCAGGAUCAGUAUUGGUCUGAUUUUGGGAAUUUCAGGAUUAAACAUCGACAAAAAACUACUACAGUUCAUUAGACCUGAUACAUAAGUCCAAAUGCGUGUCCAAAAUGUGUCCACACUUUUUUAGCUCGGGAGCUAGAAUUCAAAUGAUGUGUAGAAAGUGAUCUACCUACACUGAAAGUGAUAAAUAUAUAUUUACUCAUAUAAACUGGACAUACUUUAUAAAUACAAGAUAAAUGACAUUCUUUCUUACAGUAUAUGCUCACUAUAACACACACUUUUAAUUAUAUUAUAUAUAUUAUGUUUAAAAACAAAUAUACAUUUAUAAUAAUAAAGUUUUUAUUUAAUGGCUCCUAUUAUUUUGGAUAUGAAAAAAGUUGUGAAAGUUUUGUGGUUGUGAUUAUUUAUAAAGUAGAAAAUGUUUGUCCAGCAAUAUGUUUGAAUUCGUCCAAGCCACUUUUUAUUUUAUGUUAUUGGAUAAUUUUCUGGAAUGAUUUUUUGCAGUUUGUCUAGAAGAUCCUCACUAACUGUGGCAUAUUUCAGUUAGACUAAAUAUUUUAAGUGAUGCUUUUUUGAAUGAUACGUCUUUAGGGGCAUAUUUUGAUAAAAUGCUGCCAAAAUUGUUGAAAAUGAAGCAUACGACCAGCAGUUAGGAGCUGCAACAGGGAUAUGUUCCAUUACAUUGGAUUUUGGCCUUGUUUUGAGCAGCCGUCCAAUCCUGGGCACGGGACUGUGGUCAUCCUUAGACCCCUGCUGUUCCCUCGGUUAUUUAUACACACUGAUUAAACCACUACCAAUGAAAACAAGGCAUACAGUAGAGAGACGCACAGUGAAAACUGAGGUACCAAGGAAAAUCUGACAAUACUGCAUUAAUAAAGGAGUGAAUGGUAUUACUGCCUGCUAGCUGUGAUCUAACUUCCUCAUUUCUGUUUUUUUUUCUUAUCUAAUUUCUGUCCACCUCUUCCUGAUCCUGUCCUCAUCUCCAGUCGUCUUCGUUGCUGCUCUCCGUCCUGUCCUGUCCUCUCUCGUUUCCUGUUCACCAUGGCGACCACUCUGGAGACCAUGGUGAUCGAGCCCGAGCAGGAGUCGAGGCCCGAUUGGCUCAACAGCUGCGAGGACGUUGCUGGACGGUACAAGGUGGUGCCCUCUGUUGUCUGCUCCAUGUGCUGCCUCUUUGGCAUCAUUUACUGCUUCUUUGGCUACCGCUGCUUCAAAGCGGUGAUGUUCCUCACCGGCUUAAUGUUCGGCUCUGUCGUCAUCUUCAUGCUCUGCUACAAGGAGCGCGUGCUGGACACCCAGCUGAGCGUGGAAGCCUCAGUGGGCAUUGGCCUGGGCAUUGGUACGCUCUGUGGCCUGGUCACCAUGCUGGUGCGCAGCGUGGGCCUCUUCAUGGUGGGCCUGCUCCUGGGCCUGCUGGUGGCCGUGGCCACGCUGGUAGGCAUGGAGGAACUGUCCAGCAGCCCACCGCGCUCCGUCUGGGUGCCCCUUGGCGUGCUACUUGGCCUAGGCAUGCUGUUCGCCGUGCUCACCCUGCAAUGGCAGCGCCUGUUCACCACACUGUCCACAGCAGUAUUCGGGGCUGCUGUCAUCACGGUGGCGCUGGACUACUUUGUGGAGCUCUUUGCCCUCGUCUUGUACAUGUACGAGAGGAUAAAGGCGGAGCCCGCUAAACCUGUAUGUUGGCUGACGUGGGUGGUCCUGGGAGUCUGGCCUGCCCUCACCCUGCUGGGUGUUUUAGUCCAGUGGAAGGUGACGGCAGAGGGAUACUCACAUACCAAGGUGAUCAUCAGCAGGCAGCAAAGGAGGAUGCAGGUGAUGAGGAUACGUCAGCGUGACGACCGUUAUCGCAACAAGAAGAAGAAGAAGCAGCAGCAGCAGCAACACGGUGGCUCCUCCUCCCAACAUCACUCCUCCAAGCAGAUACAAGAACCCGCCUACCGCCGCAAACCCAUUCCCAUCCGACGCUAUGACACGGACGUCCUGUCACCGAGCUACAUCCAGAGUUUCCGGGAUCGGCAGGUGCAGCAGCAGCCUUUCCCUGAACGUCUGAUGGGUGGAGCCCAUGGUGUGAUGGAAGUGGCCUACGACUCCAGCUCCACAACACCCCUCAGUGCAGCAGCAGCAGCAGCAGCAGCAGCAGCAGCUGGUGGAGCGACAGCUGCUGGACCUUCACUACGAUCCUGAGAAAGAAAAAAACAACCACAUUUUCCUCACUCAGUCCUGCACUCACCACAAACCACA